AUGCGAUUCGUUACCAUAGCUCUGCUUGCAACGGCGGCUGCUUGCAAAGCGGUUGGAAGUGUCGAAAACUCACGAGAUUCAUUGGUUGUGCAAGAUGUCCUAGUGCAACGAUAUAAUGCCUUCGACAACAGCAACAUAGCUGACCUCGAGCUUCCUAACGACCUCCAUUUCGAGAGUAAACAGCAGACAGUGCAAGUACAGACCCAUGAGAAUCAGACAUCUGCACCAGAAGUGCAGAAACGAACCGAUUCCUCGACGCCAGGAACAAAGAUCAUGAGCACGUGGAGACAGGUGGUGGGUGGAAUUGCGGUUGCGGUGUUGGUGGCGGUGAUUUAA